CCGAACAUAGCCUGAAAAAUACUGUCUCGAUAACAUCGAACAAAAAUAUGUAAAAUAAAAAUUCAAAAAUUAACUGUUUGCGUCCCCUCCGCACUAUUUUCGUUCUUUUGUAGAUUUGAAAUGGCUCGUCGUUGUAUCGUCUGUGGCGAAGAGCCAAUUGGACACUACAUCUAUCCACACACCAUGGCAGAGGCGUAUAAAUGGUUAAAUUUGGCCAAUCUUGAUUCGUACAACAUGGAAGUGCCUACAUUUCAUCAACGUGCAUGUGUCUGCGCCAAACACUUGAAAGGAUGUAACGAGGAACAACCAGAUCAAAGGCAGAAAUCUGGCAAUGAUGAUCCCAGUCGUCGCUCAAGUGUCAAGUCAUCUGAAAAUCAUGGUCAAUGGCCAAGUGCCCACUAUCCAACGGGUAUGAAUCAGAACAUGUCCAAUUCCAGAAGUCCAAGUCCCAGUCCAAGGCGUCAAUCUGGCUACAGUCCCCAGCAGCAAUGCUGGCGUAGUCUUUGUCAUUUCAUCAACAAUAAUCGACCGCAAGUAAUGAGAAUAUGUCCCGAAACAGAGUAUUGUCCAAACAUGCAGCAACAGCAACAGCUGCAGCAGCAUCAGCAGCAACAGCAGCAACAGCAGCAGCAGCAGCAACAGCAGCAGCAGCAACAGCAGCAACAGCAACAGCAGCAACAAUCGAUGUGCCAGACAGUAUCCAAUGAAUCUAGCACGUCCCAGGGAAUGCCAUGCCCACAAGAUGGACAUUAUCGUUUAUGUCAGAAUCCUAGGUGUCAUGUAUACAGUUCGUACGCCCUAAUGUCCCAACAGAGGGAAAUGAUGGAGAGCACUGAACAGAGCCAACAAACGCAAGAGCCGGUGUCGCAAUGUUCAGCGCAGGAGCAACAACAGCAGCAAUCCGCUGAAGGGGUUUAUCUCACCUUAAAUAAUACACUCGACAAACAACAGCAAAACCGAAAAUGUAGCAAUGGAUUAGACCCACAACCAAUGUCACAAAGGCUGCGACCGAAACAGCAGGAACAGGAGCGACAGCAACAGCAUCCACAGCAGCAGAAGCGUCCAAAUCGUAGUAAUUCCAGAUCUGGGCAACAGCCAAUGCAGACCAAGAAGCCCAGAAGCGAGUGCUGUCGGGCAUGCAAAGUGAAGGAUCAAGGGGUUCAGUAUGACGCACAAAUGGUUCAGCCAUCGCCAUCCCUUGGUAGACCUGCCUCGCGACCAAGUUGCUCAACCAGAGCAAACCAGCCAAUGAACGACGGAUGCGGUGUACCAUCCAAGAUGCAAUUCUCCACAGCCUCCAACAAUGGCAUUGUGUAUCCAACGGGGCCAGUGGUUGGGAAGCGUUCGACUCCGCCUGCAAAGUCCAAUAAUGUGAUUGACAUGUCUGCCAUUUUGGGUUUGCAAAAUGAACAGAGUGAGCGGCGUCCUAGCAGCAACACCACACCGAACACCGUUAAUGUCCUUAUCAUGCCCGGUGCGCCGAAAGAGAGCUGCGAGGACGACUAUAUCUGUCCAGAAAACUUUCAGCCGUCGCCCCUCAGUCAGAUUCGGUUGCUCGAAUCGGAUCUAACCGAUAAUAAUGAGAGAGCAAAUUUCCCGGACUUGGAUCAUCCCAACUAUAGGCUAUGCCGCGCUUCCACCAACGAUUCGGAGACCGAUUGCCAAGGCGAUGAUCAGGACGCGAACUGCGCUGAUGUCCUGUUGCUUGACAAGGGUCCAGGCUGUGGUAGAUGUCCAUCCAUCUGCGUCUGUGACAAGAAAAACGAAAAUGGCAACGACUGCGGUCAAUGGAACACCGGAGCCAAGGCACAGUUGCAGCAGAAUCAAUCCUUGGCACCGCUGCAGCAGGAUCAAGCCCUGCCAGAACGUACCAACUGGUUUGAUAACCCGGCUACAUCGAAUAGCACGAGAGUCCUCGAAUUGCAACAGGCACGCAUCAAGGAGCUGUACUCAUUGCUGACACAACAAAACGUUCUGCAGAAAACCAUUCAGGCCAAGAUGAACGAGUUGCAGCAUAUUGAAGCUGAGCAAGGGCCAUCUGGCACUGAAACUGACCAAGGGCCAUCUGACACUGAAGCUGAGCAAAAACCAACUCGCAGUGGAAAUGCGACACCAAACAAAGGAACACAGACCAACAGAAGGUCAAAAUAAUGCGUGGGGACGCAAACAAUAUGCAGACACGGAAUUAACAGAACCUGCUACGCAUUAAUCUAGUCAAUAAUACAAUUAAGGAAUACAUUUGGAAUGCCUUUUGAUGAAUUUGGGGGUGAAGAGUGGUUUAUUCGCAAAUACCGCAUGAAACAUUCCAAACAUUCGGCUUGUGGCAUUUAAUCAAGAGCUAAUCCUUACAGGCCUAGGCAGCAGUCUGAAUGACAUCUGUGUAGAGCUUCACCUUGGUGGCAAUGCUCAUGUCGACGUACUUGUCGGCGAUGGACACAACCAAACCACCAAUAAUGCUGGGAUCCACACGAGAGGUGAUCUUCAGCGACUGGUUGGGCUUCAAGAAAGCCUGCAACAACAAGAAUAUAUAUCAAAUAGAGGCAUGGUAGACGGUUAUAUGAGACAAGGUCUCGUACCUUGAGUGCACCCUCCAACUGCUUGUUCUGGGACGAGUCCAGGGGCUUGGCGCUGAUCACUUCGCAGACAACCUCACCACGGUGGGCAGCCAUGAUCGUCCUGAAGGCGGAGAUGACGUUAUCAAGCUUCUUCAAGCGGCCAUUGUCGGCCAGCAGACCCAAAAGGUUGCCAGUGGCCACGGCAAAGCUAAGCUUGGUGGAUGCCUCCUUCAGGGCAAUGCCCAUGACCUUCCUGUUGAUGAUCGGGCUGGUCACACGUUCGCGUAGCUUCUUAUCGCCCUUGAUGGUCUCCUGCAGAGCAAUCAGAUCCUUCUCCACCUGGUCCAACUGGUUCAAUUUGGUGGCAGCCGAGUACAAGGCAGUGGCAUAGCGGCCCUCCAGACCGAACAACUGCACUGGAGGCUUCACCGCCUUGGUGGAAACAGCGGCGGAGCUGAGUGCACGGCUCUGCGGAAAUUUCAAAUAAACAAUAUUAAUGCUCUUUGAAUUAACGACAUUAAAACGUCCGAAAAUUGGUUCAUUUCGCGAAUUACAUAACCAACAAAUAUGCGUU